UCGUCCUCUUCACCCUACUCGUACGUUCAUCCCGUCCCCCCCUCCUCCUCCCUCCUCCCACCUCCCAUCAUUCUGUACAUUUCGCGAGCUUUUGUUAUUUUUGCUUUCGUUACGCUCUCGCUGUAGAUUUCCUCAUCGUUUAUACUGAUAAACAUGACUGAGACAGACAAAGCAAAGAGCACUCAGCCGGAGGAGGCUCAUGUUGAGGUUACGGAUGACAUUGACCCAGAGUUGGAGGCACUCCUUCAGACUCCCCCACUUGAAGGUCUGACGGAUGCUCAAGCCGCUGCCCGUUUGCAGCAGUUUGGUCCGAAUGAAAUUCCUGAGAAAAAGACCAACCCAAUUCUCAAGUUCCUUUCUUUCUUUGGCGGUGCCAUCUCUUACUUGCUUGAGAUCGCGGCUAUCGUUUGUGCCGUUCUCGGAAACUGGAUUGACUUUGGUAUCUUGGUGUUUGUGUUGAUUGCCAAUGCCUUCAUUGGUUACUACGAAGAGGCGAAGGCCGAAAGUGCCUUGGAUGCGUUGAAGAACACUCUUGCCCUUCACUGCCGUGCAUGGCGUAACAGCAAACUCGUUGAAGUCGAAUCUCGUCUCUUGGUUCCUGGUGACAUCAUCGCUAUCCGUCUCGGUGACAUUAUCCCCGCUGAUUGUCGUCUCCUCGGAGUCGGCGUCACUGGUGAAGAGACUGAAGGUACUCUCCAAAUUGACCAAGCUGCCCUUACUGGUGAAUCCCUCCCCGUCAACAAAGGCAAGGGUGCCAUCGCCUACUCUUCGUCCAUUUGCAAACAAGGUCAAAUGCUUGCUGUUGUCACCAAAACGGGUAUCAACACGUACAUUGGUCGCGCUGCGAACUUGAUUAGCAUCACCAACGACGAAGGUCACUUCCAGAAGAUCAUCAACCACAUUGGUAACUUCCUCAUUGUUAUCUCCCUGCUCAUGGUGGUUAUCAUCUUCAUCGUCCAGAAGGUGGCCCGUGACAUGGCCUUCAAGGAAGCCCUGAAGACAGUCUUGAUUCUUACGAUUGCUGCUAUCCCCGUUGGUCUUCCCACCGUCAUGUCCGUGACCAUGGCCGUCGGUGCCGGACAACUGGCCAAGAAGAAGGUUAUUGUCAAGCGUCUCACUGCCAUUGAAGAGCUCGCAUCCGUCUCUACUCUUUGCUCUGACAAGACUGGUACCCUCACCCUCAACGAGCUCACCUUUGACAAGCCUUACCUUUCCAAGAAAGGAAACACCUCUACUGACUUCGAAGGCACUGGCGAAAGUUACACUGAUCAGGAUCUCCUUACCUACGCUUACAUGGCUUCCGAGCCUGGAGCCCAGGACGCCAUUGAGCUUGCCGUUCGUGGUGCUGCUGAAGAUCGUGUGACCAUCCUCCAGAACCGUACCGAGCAACACAACAUCCCCGGCUACAAAGUCAAUGGUUUCAUUCCAUUCAACCCUACGUCCAAAUACACUGAGGCCACUGUCACCAACCUUGAGACCGGAGAAAAGUUCCGUACUAUCAAGGGUGCUCCUCCGGUCAUCAUUCGCAUGGUUGGUGGACACGAACAGGCUAGCGAGGCUGUUACUGACUUUGCUCGUCGUGGUCUCCGUGCCUUGGGUGUUGCUCGUACAGUUGAUCCCGAAAUGACCAAGUUUGAAAUGGUUGGUAUGAUUUCCCUAUUGGAUCCCCCUCGCCCGGACUCUGCCCACACGAUCGCCGAAUGCAACAAACUUGGUAUUACGGUCAAGAUGAUUACUGGAGACCAAUUGAUUAUCGCAAAAGAAGUCGCCCACCGUCUUGGCAUGGAUCGUGCGAUCUUGGAUGCUCACGCGUUGACUGACAGCCGUCUCGAUGAAGAAGCUCUGACUGACCGUGUUAUCAAGGCUGAUGGUUUCGCUCACGUCAUUCCUGAACACAAAUACCGUGUGGUCGAACUCAUGCAGAACCGUGGUCAGCUAGUCGGUAUGACGGGUGAUGGUGUGAAUGAUGCACCAGCCCUCAAAAAGGCCAACGUUGGUAUCGCUGUUGAAGGAUGUACUGAUGCUGCCCGAUCCGCUGCCGAUAUUGUUCUUUUGGCGUCCGGUCUUUCGACAAUUGUUGACGGUGUCAAGACUUCCCGUGCCAUCUUCCAACGUAUGCGAUCCUAUGCUCUUUACCGUAUUGCAUCCACGAUCCACUUUUUGCUGUUCUUCUUCAUCUCGAUUCUUGUGUUCGACUUCACAUUGCCUGACCGUCUCGUUCUUUUGAUCGCUGUACUCAACGAUGCCGCAACUCUUGUGAUCUCUGUUGACAACGCCAGAAUUUCAAAGCGCCCUGACAAGUGGAGGCUUGGUCAACUGUUGUCUCUCUCGUUCAUUCUUGGAUUCCUCCUUAUGAUUAUCUCUUUCGCGCACUUUUUGAUUGCCAAAUACCACUUCGACGUAGACGAUGACACGCUCAAAACGAUCAUGUACUUGCAGAUUUCUUCUUGCCCUCACUUUGUCAUCUUCUCUACUCGUCUCCCUACGUGGUUCUGGAAGUCUAUCCCAUCACCCGUCUUUGCCUUCGCCAUUAUUGGUACCCAGAUCAUUGCCAUGUUCAUGUCGAUCUACGGUGUGGAAUUCUUCGAAGCUCACCCAAUUGGUUGGGGAUGGGGAGUGUCUGUUAUGUGCAUCUCGUUGGUCAUGUUCAUGAUCCUCGAUAUCGUCAAGGUCUUUGUGAUCAAGAAGUGGUCGUUCGAGCUUACCGCACGGUUGUGGCCUUCACCCAAGCGUCGGGCAGAACUAGAGAAGCGCAUUGCCAGAAAAGUCGAACUCACCCGCGUUAUGGCCAACUGGGCAAAGGCACGAAAGGUUGUCCUUAUGUCCCACGCCAUCCUGGCCUUCAAGUCGAAAAAGACUCUCGCCGCUACCAAAGCAAAUGGCGACUCGUCAACGACUAUCAACGUUACUUACGCCAUCGAAAACGCAUAGACUCAUUCACUGUUUUGGGAACAUUAGCACUUUGGGAUUUUUGGUGUGGGGUCCUGUAAUCAUAUAGUAGUAGUACGUGUUCUCUUGCGUGCGGGCCAUGUAAUAAGAGAGAGAUGGGUAGGCUGAGUGUGGACAAACGGUUCAGAGGGUGGUAGAGGUGGACUAGGCGCUUCAUGUUUUUGUUUCAUAGUGACGUAGAUAGACGAUCUGAACUCUUUGUUUUACGCUCAGCUUGCAUCCUUGUAUUUUGUCAUCUCGUCUUUAAUUAUCUUAUGCGCGCGUGUACAUUUUACAAA